GAAGGGGGAUGGUUUUAAAUGUAACUGACUUGCUUGCAUACAGUUCCAUAUGUUAAAGCUUUAAUAUUUUUUGUUUAUUUUAAAUAAAACCCCAAACUAAUUUGACUUACGUUAAGGAUGCGCCGUCUAGGCUCGGUCCAACAAAAGAUACCGUGCGUUUUUCUGACUGAAGUGAAAAAUGAACCUUCAAGAAAACGCGAAUGUCAGCAAUUUCAGGUUUUUGCAACAGAACACCUUAAUCCGAAGGCAUUGGCAUCAGAUGUAGCAAAUGCGAUUGCGACUGAAAAGCUUGAUGGCACGUGCUGCUAUGUUUCCAGUUACAAAGGAAAACCAUAUCUCUGGGCUCGAUUUGAUAGGAAGCCCAACAAGCAAGCUGACAAGAGGUUUAAAAAGUUCCAGUAUUCUCAGAAGAAUUCCACAGAAUUUACAUGGAGUGUUGAGGAAGACUUUAAGGCUGUUCCAGAUUCUUGGAUUGCUGCCCACGGAGUUCAGCGUUGCAAUGGGCAGCCUCAACCUGAUGAAUGCGGCCACAUUCCAGGAUGGGUUCCAGUAGAAAAAAAUAACAAGCAGUAUUGCUGGCAUUCAUCAGUGGUGAAUUAUGAAGCUGGAGUAGCCCUUGUUCUAAGACCUUGGGGUGAAGAAGAACUAGAAAUCACCAUUGUUCCCCUGUCUGAACUCCUUGAACAAACACUAGAGCUUAUAGGAACUAAUAUCAAUGGAAAUCCUUAUGGACUUGGAAGUAAAAAGAAACCAUUUCACCUUUUAGUACCACACGGAGUCCUAAAAAUCAGAAAUGCUCCUGCAGUCAAUUACCAGCAGCUAGUUGGGUGGUUUCAGAGAUGUGGUGAAGCAAAUGUAGAAGGCAUUGUAUGGCACUGCAAUGAUGGCACUCUAGUGAAGCUUCAUCGUCAUCAUUUAGGUUUGAAAUGGCCGGAUGUGGAUACUUACUUAAACUCUAGACCAGUUGUUGUCCAUGUUGAUGUGACAAGGUAUGAAUGGGAAUUUCCAGUGAUGGAUUUGUUCACAGCUUUGUCACAAUUUAAUGGACAGAAGUUUGAGCACAUACGGGACAUUCAGUUUGACGUAUAAGAAAAUGCCAGCAACAUGGAAUUGGAUGAUCUGUAAGUGUAUAAAUAUCAUAGAAGACAUUUGCAUUUUACAGAGCAAUAAAACAAUUUUGGACAAUCAACUUCAUAAGAGAAACUAGCCAUUGAAGAUGAGAUGUAUUGCAAAUAUAUGGUGUAAACAAUUAUUUAAACAGUAGAGGUAUUGCUGAAACAGAGUAUCUUAAAAACAAUUUAAAGUAUUUUCCUGUGAAGUGUGCUCUAUGUAUUGUACAAAAAUUGCAUUGCAUGGUACAGUAUGACCACAGUACCACUUAAUUAUAAUUAUGCAUCAAUAAACAUUGGAUGUCAGAAAUGAAAUCGAACCAAAAACUGUCUUUGAUACUUUUAAAAAUGUUGUACUAGGAACUUAAAUUUUAGAAUUAAGAUGCUUUGAUGUUCCCAUGUUCUCACAAGAAACUACUGAACAAGCUAGACGGCAUUCAUUAUCAGCGUCCAGAGUUGACGAUUCAGUCCCUUCAAGAUUCAUAUGGCUUACAUUUUAUUAACUUAAAUCAAUUUCAAUUCUUUAUUCAAAGUCAUCUUAGAACACAAAUGUGUCCUCUUCAGAAAUCUGAUUUUUUGAUCCAGAAACUUGAUCUAUGUAGUGUACUAAAUCAGACUUACAAAAUGAUAAAAAACAUUAAAAGGACAUUUAAAAUAAGUGUAU